UUCGUUUCCGCGCUGUCAUUGUUUCCGUUUCCACCUCCGAGAAGCCUCACGCUUCCCCAAAUCUCAUUUUGUUUUGCCUUGAAUGCCUUACGUUGCGUAUAAGUUUGGGCUAUCCGAAGUUUGAGGAGUCUUCGUAUCUUUUUUCAACAAUGGGGGACAUCGAGGCUCCCAGCUCGGAUCCGCCGCGCCAGACUGUCCUGCUCUCUGUUCUUCCGAGCAAAGAGUUCGCCUCCUCAAGGAAAGGAAUGCUGCUUCUUGCUGAAGUGGCUCUUUCCUUUGUAUCGUUUGUGUGUUUUGCGGCAUCCACAGCAGCAGCCUUUGUGACAUUCCCACUGCUGGAGUUCCUGGCUGCCCUCUUCUUGUUGUUUGCUUACUCCACCAAAUUCAACGAGAGGUUUAAAGGCUUCCUCUGGCCUCUUAUGGAUUUCAUGAGAUGUGUGACCGCCUCCAUUAUCUUUUUCAUCAUCUCCAUAAUUGCAGUGUCCAAAUAUGUGGACGGCUCCUCUAAGGCUGCUGGGGUAUUUGGAUUCAUUGCCACCAUCAUUUUCGCUUUAGAUUUUUACCUCAUUUUUAAUGAGCUGGCCAAUUUCCUAAAGCAAGGAGGGGAGUCCCAUGAUGAGCCAUCAAGACAGCAAGAUGAGUUUUCAGACUCUGAUUCAGACUGAGACUGGGGCAUCUUCACCAGCGGAUACAUUUGAUCAUUAUAAAGUUAAACCUUUGCGGUAGAAAUGGCUGCUUCUGAGCUGCCAUCUCUUCCAUCAUGCCACAAUGUUACAUUGAUACUGUGUACAGUAGAAAUCACAUCCAGGUCACACUGUUUUUUAAUUACUUGCAUUAAUUGGUAGUUGGGGGAAUCUUCUAGGACCUAGUUUUCUAGGACCAAACCAAUGCAAAGAGCAUAAACCAGAUUCUCUUCAGCUAUGCUCUUUGCUGAGGGUCCACGACAUUUCACACAUGUGAAAGCAUUCAGGAAACAAGUCUAAACAAAUAUGCUGGUCUUUUUAGUCAUAGUAUUUUGAUAAUCAUUACAGGUAGUUUUUAAAAAAUAAUGCAAAAAAUGCUCUGUUCUUUUUUAUGCCCAUACUCACAUCCAGUGUCAGAGAAUAUUUGGGAAAAAAAAUGUAAAAGCCAUCAUCAACCUGACACAUAUUUUAUCAUAAAACUGUGAAACUG